CAGGUGCAGGCAUAUUUUAGUGAUUAUAUAGCAGGCAUAUAUGGUUCAUUUGGCUAAUUUGUGAAGCCAGCCAACACAUCUUUUCAAACUGCUGCUCACUCUGUAUCACAGGGCAGCAUAACACACUUGGACGAAAGAGCUAUCUACUGUCUUCUGCAUACCUGAACUUGCAGACACCUACGAUUGGCUCGUGUCACUGUGAUUGGCAGGGCAGAGGGAGUAUGCCAUCCCUCCCACCCAGAGAGCAUAACCAAUUUUGCUCUCUAGGCUCCCAGCCAUGGAUGGCUGUGGUAUUGUUAGGAAUUCAAACGCUCAAGCUCUCGACAAUAUGGUGAAUGCUUUUCUGUUGUGCCAUGCAGGAGCACAGCCAAUAAGCAAUCUUUUUCUUUUUUAUUUGCUGUUUUUGCCCAGUUGCCUUUUUUUUUGCCCAAAAAAUUGACAUUCCCACGUUUUGAAAUCCCUCUGUGCAAUGACAUUUUCAAAUCCAGUAUGACUCAUAAUUGCGCCACCUAUUGGGACUCCUUUUUUAGCAUAGACACAAGGGUAAUAUGGCAUUUUCCUGACUUAAAGGAACCCAGUUUUGUAGAUGUACAGCCCAAUUCAAUAAUAAAUAGGCCAUUCCACCCAACUGCUAAUUGAAAUACUGACUGUAACAAAUAACUAAGAGCAAACAGCAAAAGCAAAAAAAAAACUAAUUUACCACUGCGCUGUUGAAUUCUUGAAUCUGAUUGGUCAGAAGGUGUUGAUUUUUUUUUGUAACAGCAACUCUGACAAUAAUGUGGGCUGUAAUUCAAAUUACUAUAUUAAUGUGCUUGUUGUAAUACAUUAUGGUUUCUAUAGUAACUGCUCAUUCACAGAGGCUAGAUAAGGAAGAAUGUCUGAUCAUCAAUGUGGUGAAGUUGUCUAUAAGGAAAUGUUUAUUUAACAUUUAUGGAAGGAGUCUCCAGUGUCAAAACUGUGUUACAGUCAAUAAGUUUUCUGCCACAGGAAAGUCUUCACGAUGAGAUGCUGUGUUUUUUUCUCAUCACUCCCACUCCAUCUUUGAUUAUUUUCCUAUAGCACCCCAUUGUAUUUUAUUCCUUACUUAAAUAGCAAAAACUCUAUUGUCAUUAUAGAGAAAGGGAAUUGACUAAUAUUUUCACUACAGAAAAUGUAAUUCUAAUUCAGCCACCUGGUUAUCUCUAUUAUCUCUACAUCAAGUAUUGAUGAAAUAUAUGUAAGCGAUAUCUAAUCAUGGCAUUCUGAAAAAUGUCACUUCAAUAAACCACUGACAAACCCUUGCUCUUUAAAAGGAAUGAGAAGAUUUUGCUUUAAUUGUGUUUAGUUUAUCUUAAACACAUCUUGAUAAUGGAUUCGUUUUUAACUGAGCACUUUUUAGCAAGGUACAGCCUACAUUGAUGGUCACUUAACAAAACGUUAAGAAUACAUAAUGCUAUUUUAUUUUAGUGUUUGCUUUAUGAUCAUGAAAAAUAAACUGUUAUAUGCUUGUAUGCACCACGUUGCUUGGUAGCAUUUUAUUAUUUACACAGGAAUGGCGACACUCCUUACCAUGUGUUAGACUGCGCUCGGUUCUGCCUCUCCUCUCUCCAGAUGGCACUGUCUCUCUGAUCUCUCUCCCGGUGCCACUCUCUUAUGCUUUAUCUACCCACCUCUCUCUGUCUCUGGCUGUCUCUCUCUCUGGAACGGAGGACCAGCACCAGAUGUUGUGGAGUGUGCUAUGGCAGUGGGGUCUAUAGGGGACCAGCUGGGCUCCUAGUGCAGUGGUUGAGCUAAUGAAAAUGGUUGUGCUAGAAGUUUGCUCUAAGCCAGUGGCAUAUGACAGCUGGAGGACCACUCUCUAGGGAAGGUGUGUGUGUGUGUGUGUGUAUGUGUGUAUGUGUGUAGGGAGUCAGACCAGCACCAGUAAACCGUCUGCAUGCAAGCCACCAAACAUUGCACGGCUGCCUUCAUCCUUUCAUUACAAAGAUGGCGUAUCAAGGGUCCUCUCUGGAGAACAGCAACAUUAAUAACAUCGUCACCUUUUAACUUUCACCUCUGAUCUCUCUCCCUGUCUCCCUCUCCCCUCUUUCUCUCUCUCCCGCUCUCUCACUUCAGCUCAUUUUUUCCCCUGCUUUCUAGCCCAUCCUCCCCCUCCAUCACAAAUAACGUUCCACGUGUGAUGCUGACUUAUUUAACAGUGUUGGGUUAGCAGGGCUACAUAUUAAUUUAUUACCGCUCCCUCAAGAGACAAAUGUUACAGAGAUGAUUCUGGUGAAGAGCUGGAGGAGGGGCACGUUUCAACAGAGUCACAGUUUCCCCUCAUUAUGAGGUGUUAACGCCUUGGAAUACAAAGUCGCAAGUGAAAAUCCAGCCUUCUAAAAGCGGAUUAGAGGGUGCAUCUUGGGAGAAGAAAUUGUGUGUGAUUACCACAAUGCAGUGGAACAAUUAUUCACCUGCUGUUACAUGUUCAUCCAAAGUAAAUGCCAGUUUAGUAGAGAUAUUAUGGAAAAUCUGAUCUGUUUUCUUGGCAUUUAUGUUGAGAGCGUCAUGCAGCACAGCAUCGAUCCUGUUUGCAGUCACGCUUUACUGUACACCAUGGGCUUAUAUGUCAGCAAAAUACCAAAUGAUAUUAAUAGUGUUGGAGAAAUGUAUUGGGUCAAAAGCAGCAAAAAAAGUAGCAUGGACUCAAUUAAAAAGCAAGUGACCAUGCUUUUUAAAAGUCAGUAAACUUAUUCAACUGUGAAUGAUUAGUGCAAGACACUACUUGGUAUAUCCACCUUAUUUUCAAGUGCAGAAGCAUGAUUCGACCAAAAUACGUUGGGCCGAAAAAUAGAAUCAAACAUAUACAAAGGCUCCAAAUAUUUACAUCUGUAUCUGCAUUCCGAUUUACAUGUGAAGUAGGCAUGACCUAAAUCAGAUGCUUUUCUUUCUGUCGUUUUUUUAAAUGAAAUGCCAUACCAUUACUAGUUAGAAAUGCCAGCACUGUCAGCGUGGUUUGUGAAUUCUGGCUCUGACAGUUCCUCAACCUCAGCUACAUUACUCGAGUUCAUAAUUAGUCUCAACUAGAGAUGUGUGCAGAAAUAUUUUUUUUUUUAUUAUUAAUCCCUGCUUAAGCAGUUAUUUUAGUUUGUACCUGCCCCUGAUGUUGUAACAAGUUUAGUUGCUACUAAAUAUAAAAUUUAAAAUAUAACCAACUAGUAGCCUAAUGUAAACCUCUGUGACCAGGCAGUUGCUAAUGAAGAAAGAAAAAAAAAUGCAGGCUUCAUAUCUCAGCCUGCUCACUCACGCCCACAUCGAAGUAAAAAACUUCCACUUGUACAAAUUUUUUGGUGCGUCUCACAGGAUCCCGACCCACAUGCACACUUCCAGUCACAAAAAAAAAAAAAAAAAAAAAAAAAAUGUGCGCCUCCUAUUCAUAUCGGUAUUUGUGUCUCUUUAGAAUGCAUUCUGUGUCCAUUCCAAGUAAUAUUUUCAUAUUCAGUCACAUUUUUUAAACGACGUAAUUGCUUUUUAUGUGAUACUUUUAUGAAAUUCUUUAACCGCCUUUUCUAGCAGUAGCAGCAAUGAUCAGGAUAGUGACAAUUAGAAUGUCAGGAUUAGUUUUCCUAAUAUUUACAUAUUUAAAGCAAAUAUAUAAAAAGUCUGCAUUUGGUUGUUUAAGAUCAUUUAAUAUUUUUAGUCUCUGAAUGUGAUUAAUAUUUCAGAACUUUUAUUUUCCUAAUAUAUUUUGGCCCAGUGAGCCUGUUUGAAAAAGGAUCUAAAUAAAUUCAUGGCAUACUGCAUUCUUGUCUGAAAUAUAAAAAUGAACAAAGUAUGUAUCAUAAACAAGAUAUUACAUAUAAGUAGUCACUCUGUUUCCAAAUAACGUCUUAGGUAAGCCAUGUCUGAAUUCGGUUUGUUGCCCUUUUUACUACCCUGCACCCUACUCUAUACAGAAAUGUCUAUAUAGUGAAUAAUGAGGAUGCGAGGAUAUGAUUUCAGACAGAAAUAAUAAUAAGGCUGUGUAUAAGCGGGUAAAGGUAGAAGUAGGAGCACAGGUGGGGUUCACCAAGAGGACGCUCAGCUUCAGAUUUUUUUCAUCUUCCUUUUUCUUUCACCCUUCUUUCUUUUUCAGUCUCAUCUUUUGAUCUUAGACACUUCAGUGGGCUAAGGCAGGCUUGUAUGUGGCCUCCUAGAGAGCAGAUACUGUAAGGUCAGCCACGCGCCACAGCCAGAUGAGAGGAAGAAAGACAGAAGCAGGAAGAAAUCCUGCGUGAUGAUUUCCGGCAGAACCCUCAGGAUGUGGUGAUAGCAGUAGGGGAAUCAGCUACACUGGAGUGUCAGGCUCCUCGGGGCCACCCGGAGCCCACCACCUUCUGGAGGAAGGAUAAAGCUCGACUCGACCUCAAAGACGACAGGAUCACUAUUCGAGGUGGAAAGUUGACCAUCUCCAACACCCGUAAGAGCGAUGGGGGGAUGUACGUGUGUGUGGCAACCAACAUGGUGGGGGAGAGGGAGAGCGAGAUGGCUCAACUCUCUGUGUUUGAGCGGCCUACGUUCGUGCGUAGACCGGUGAACCAGGUGGCACUAGUGGACGAGAGCGUCGAGUUCAGAUGCCAGGUGCAGGGAGAUCCCCCUCCGUCACUGCGCUGGAGGAAGGACGAGGCCGAGAUUCCCCGCACCAGGUACGAGAUGAAAUACGAAAAGGAUGACUUUGUCUUGAGGAUUAAAAAAGUGUCUUCUGGGGACCAGGGAAGCUUCACGUGUGUUGCGGAGAACCGGGUGGGCAAAGUGGAAGCAUCGGCUACACUCACAGUCAGGGAGGCACCCCAGUUUGUUGUGCGGCCCCGGGACCAGAUUGUGAUGCAGGGACGCACCGCUACCUUCCCAUGUGAGGCCAAGGGAAACCCGCAGCCCGCUGUGUUCUGGCAGAGAGAAGGGAGCAAGGUCCUGCUUUUUCCAAAUCAACCUGCUCAGGCAGGAAGUCGCUUCUCAGUGGCUCAGAAUGGAGAUCUGAGCAUCGCUUCGGUCCAGCGCUCAGACGCAGGCUACUACAUCUGCCAGGCUCUCACAGUGGCUGGCAGCAUACUGGCCAAGGCCCAGCUGGAGGUGUCUGAUGCUCUUAAAGACCGCCCACCACCCAUUAUUCAACAUGGGCCGACAAAUCAGACGGUGGCAGUGGGCAGCCUGGCGGUUCUGGGGUGUAGGGCGUCUGGAGAGCCUGAACCCACGGUCACUUGGCUGAAGGACGGAGUGAGUCUGCUGGCUAAUGAGCCUCGAAUGUCCCUGCUGGAGGCAGGCAGUCUGCAGAUCCAGAAUGUUAAGCUCUCAGACUCGGGCCUGUACACCUGCUUGGCCACCAGCUCAAGUGGAGAGACCUCGUGGAGCGCCUUCUUAGACAUCAGAGAGUCUGCCGAGCUCACUGACUCCGUAUCCCACAAUGCCACUGCUCUCCCAGGGCCACCUUCCAAGCCGGAGGUCACUGAUGUCACCAAGAGCAGCGUGUCUCUGUCAUGGCGUCCUGGAUCUGAGGAUGCUUCCCUCAUUUCUGCCUAUGUCAUAGAGGCCUUUGGCCAGCUGGUGAGUAACAGCUGGCAGACUGUAGCUGAUCACGUGAAGGACACGCAGUACACUGUCAGAGAGCUCCGACCGAACACCGUCUACGUCUUCAUCGUCAGAGCGGUGAACGCGCAGGGGGUGGGAGAUCCGAGUGCCAUGUCCGAGCCUGUCCGCACCCAGGACAUCAGUCCAGCUGUGCAGGGCGUAGAUCACCGUCAAGUGCAGAAGGAGCUGGGUGAUGUCAUUGUCACCAUGCACAACCCCAUAGUGCUCAGCUCCACCUCUGUGCGGGUGACGUGGGCGGUUGAGAAACCUUCCCAGUUCAUCCAAGGAUACCGCGUUCUGUACAGGCAAACUUCAGGCCUACCCUCUCCAGGAACCUGGCAGAUCCAGGACCUAAAGGCUCCAUCGGAGCGUGACGUCACUUUACAUGAACUCAAAAAGGGCGUGGUCUAUGAGAUAAAGGUUCGCCCUUUCUUCAACGAGUUCCAGGGGGCAGAUAGCGAAUCCAUCACCGCACGCACUUUGGAAGAAGCCCCCAGUGCUCCUCCACAGCAGGUGACGGUGCUGAUGGUAGGCAGUGAGAACAGCACGUCUAUCAGCAUUUCCUGGGACCCGCCACCCACCGAACACCAGAACGGCAUCAUCCAGGAAUACAAGAUCUGGUGUCUGGGAAAUGAAAGCCGCUUCCAUGUGAACAAGACGGUGGACGCUGCCAUUCGCUCGGUGGUGGUUGGGGGUCUGCAGGCAGGCGUGCAGUACAGAGUGGAGGUGGCAGCAGGCACCAGCGCAGGCGUCGGGGUGAAAAGCGAGCCACAGCCUAUUGUGAUCGGUGCUGAGUUACAGGAUGUGAUGACUGGAGACGAGGGCAACGGCAGCAUCACAGAUGUCUUGAAGCAGCCAGCCUUCAUCGCAGGCUUGGGGGGCGCGUGCUGGAUCGUGCUCAUGGGCUUCAGCGCUUGGCUCUACUGGAGGAGGAAGAAGAGGAAAGGCCUGAGCAACUACGCAGUCCAGUCCUUCACCUUCACCCGUGCAGGUACUGGUCAUUUGUCCCAUCCCUUUCUAACUUCCGACGGGUUUGAUGGCACCGUAGGCAUGACGUUCCAACAUGGAGACAGGGGCCUGAUGGGAAGUGGAAGUCGUCCUGGUCUGUUGAAAGCCGGUGACCCUGGCCUCCCUUGGCUAGCUGACUCCUGGCCAUCCACCAGCCUGCCUGCCAACAGUGGUUUGGGCGCUCCCAAAGACCACACUAACUUUGGCCGUGGAGACGUGCUGCCUGCUGGUGCCGGAGAAAAGACGGGCACCAUGCUGUCGGAUGGUGCUAUCUACAGCAGCAUUGACUUCGCCGGCAAGGCUGGCUACAGCAGCCCAGGCAGAGGAAACCACGCCAGCCCCUAUGCCACCACACAGAUCCUGCAGUCCAACAGCUUCCACGAGCUGGCAGUGGAUCGUCCCGAGCCGCGCUGGAAGGCCUCGCUGCGAGCACAGCAUGAAAUGCCCAGCCUGGGCUACUCACUCACGGAAAACCGUUCCUGUGCCAACGGGGGAAAGAAUGGGAAAAAGAAGAAAUCGAAAGGAGGGGGUAAAACAACAAAGCCUAAUGGCUCCUGCUGGGCCAACCUGCCCCUUCCUCCACCACCCAUGAAUCCUUUACCAGGGACAGAGAUGGACCACUAUGCCCCUGAGCAUCGAUCUGAGGGAGGGUAUGAGAGCGACACCUGGGCUCCGCCCCUCCCUGUUCAGUCAUACCUACACCAGGGCAUGGAGGACGAGCUCGAGGAGGAAGAGCGAGUGCCCACUCCACCCCUGAGGGGUGUGGCUUCAUCUCCAGCAGCUUUGCCCUAUGGCCAGAGUUCCUCUGGCUCAUUGGGGUCCUCGCAUCAUGAGGAAAUGCAGUCUAUGCUCCAGGCCCAUCUGGACGAGCUUACCCGCGCCUACCAAUACGAGGUGGCCAAGCAAAGCUGGCAUCUGAAAAGCAGCUCCCAUCCACCCAAGACCCCUGCCCCUCCCAUGGGCUACGUGUCCAGUACAUUGGGAUCAGACAUCCUGACUGAAGGAGAGGAUGAAGAGGGAGACAGUGAAGGCUAUGAGUUGUCCCGACAGCUGUGUGGGAUAGACUAUUCCCCUGGAUGCAGCCUGGAAACUGUGGAAGGAGCGAUCACAGGACACCCUUACUCUCACCGAACCCAGGCAUGUAGUGCUGGCUCCAUAGACGGAGGACUUCUAGCGACUCAGAGCCUGGGCCAUCAACGGGUAUCACAGCCUUCACAAAAACUACGAGUAGAGACACCAGGGACUGAACCUCACAGGAGAGAUGACAUUGCUGAUGUGCGAACUCCCUCCUCAGAACCCCUGCACAGCAUUGGUGUGCGGCUACACACUUCCUGGGGUUCUGUGGGCUCUGAUCCUCCUGAUGAGUGUGUGGUGUCUACACUGGAGCAGCAGCACACAGCCAACUGGAGCUCCAGAGGCACGCUGGGAUGCGUCUCACAGAGACGGUCCAGCACAGAUCAGCGGGACUCUGCAGGACGAGCGUCAGGCAGCACGGAGGCCAACUAUGGACAUCUAUAGUGCCAUGUCUGAGAGAUAAGCCAGACUACUCACUGCCCACGCGACUGAAAGCGAGGACGAGCGAGAGCAAGAGAGAUUCAUUGUUCACCCCUGCAACGUCCAAUGAGCUUCUCCCCCCGGUGUUACACGAGGCGAUUUUUACCUCAGAGACCAACACUGAACUGUGAAGCUAAUGUACAGACACACGUCUCCCGAUGGUGUUCAGCUUGCGGUUUGCUUCUUUGUCUAAUUUACGACAAAACGUCACAUGUCCUGCCCAUUUUGUGCCACAAAAUGUGCAUCACUUGGAAAAAAAACAAGAAAGAUGUUUUUGUUUUGCUCGUUUUUUGAAAUCCGAAAUGUAAAUCACACAAAAGGGAUGUGUAUUUCUGUAAAUAGAUUUUUUUUAAUUUGAUGUUGCUUUGCUAUGCAAACCAAAAUAUGAUUUUUUUUUUAUUUGUCUCUUAAUAGUCUUUCUAACGUUGUGAAUGGAUAAAAUGUGGUGUCACUUUUUUUUUUCCAUAAAUGAACCAACUGAUUUCUAAGUUAUUAUAGAUAAUUGUUUGAUUUGCACAUUCUUUAGUGAUAAGCACAAAAUCUUCAGCUCCUGCUGACAUGGAGAGAGAAAGAUAAUGCUACAGAUAUGCUAGCGAGUAUGUUUGUACGAGUCUGCACAGCAGGCUAAAACAGAGAUUUAGGACGGAAGCGUCCGCAGAUAGAGAUGUAUUAUUACUGAAUUGUUGCGAGGGGAUUUGUGCUCAACUGACGGAAGAGAAUCAUAGUCAAGCAUACGGGACUAAUAAAUGCCAGCUGAGCAGGCCUAAUGCAAUUGCCUGCCCCUAGUUAUUUGUGUCAGAUGUUGAGUGGACAGAAUGCUCUAUUGCAGUCUUUUGUGAAUGUUUUUUUUUUUCUUCUACAUAUCUCAACUAUUUACAGACACUCAUGCAUCCAGCUCACUGCAAGAUGUUUUAUAUAUAUAUAGAUAUAUAUCCAUAUAUAUUACCAAGCGACAAUAUGUGACUUUUCUCUGUUUUUUUUUGGGAUUGAAACAUUAAAUAUCCGGAUCCUAAAAAUGAUAAUGUCACACUGGAUCAUCCUCCGUGUGAGUGAAACCAUAAUGAAGGUAGCAGUUGACAGCUGCUUGUGCUCGACCCUUAGCAGGUGUGUUUAACCUGCGCAAAUGGAAGUGGGUUAAAACAGGUGGGCUGAAAUUUUGAUGAGGGGAAAAAUGCUAACAGAAAGGGAACAUUGCCCUUGAAAUUGCUCCCUUUUUUUGGCAGCAUUCCCAGGUCUGUCCUCAAUUAGCAUGGUUAUUACUAUUAUGCUGUUCAGAAAGCCAUUGUAAAAAAAAAAAAAUCAAUCGUUUGUCACAUAUGUUUAAGCUAGAGUGCUACUCUGUAAAUGAAACUGUUUUCAGUAAACGUUGGUGGUUCAAAAAUGGAAAUGUAUGCUCUGCUUAUGAGCUUCCAGUGCUGAGAAAAGCUGAGCCCAAGAGACAGUUCUCUCGUGUGUAUGGCAUUUCCCUGACAAUUUUUUAAAAAGCAUUUUAUUUAUUUAUUUAUUUUGUGAUGUGCAUUUACUCCACAUGUACAUAAUAUCUAACCUGCCAGAUUCGUUCUAGCCUCAGGAAGCCACAUGCACUUGAAAAGUGUGACGAUUUCUGAAUCCAACAAUGAAAUGAAAAUAAAAUCUGUAUGUGAA